AUGGCUAAGAGGAAAAGCAGGAACCAACGGAGGCGCGAAAAGCUACGUCGCGAAAGCGAACAACAGAACAACAAUUGUACCGAAGAAAUAUCGAACGACGAGAACCGAAACAAUAAUAAUAAUAAUCCGGACGGAAUUAUAAUUUUGGGUGUUUACAUUCACUGCGAAGGCUGCGGAAAUCAAGUCAUAAAAUCUCUUCGCGGCUUCGAAGGUGUGGAGGAGAUUGAAAUAGAUGACAAGAAUCAUAAGGUAAUAGUGAAGGGCAAAAAAGCUGAUCCAACAAAAGUUGCUGAGAGAUUAAGGAAGAAAAGUGGGAAACAUGUUGAUUUAAUUUCUCCCAAGCCUAAUAACCAAGUGGAGGAGGAAAAACCUGAGGUGAAGCCCGAUUUGUACGAGGUGAUGCUGAAAAUUUAUUUACAUUGUGAGGGAUGUGCAAAAGAGGUGAAGCAUUGCAUCCAUGAUAUGGAAGGGGUGCAUACGGUGGACCCGGAUAUGGAGAAGAAUCUAGUGUGUGUGAAGGGAAGAAUGGACCCUCAGAAGCUGGUGGAAUUCAUAAGCAAGAGAGGUGGAAGGAAUGCAGAGAUUGUGAAUAAAAUUAAUUUGAGAAGGGAAGAAAUUAGCGACGAAAGAGAAGAUAUUUUGUACCAAAACUACCCUUCUCAAGCUGUGUAUGCACCUCAAUUAUUCAGUGACGAGAAUCCUAAUUCUUGUUCAAUUAUGUAA